UCGGCCCCCCUCUCAAGCAUUCAAAAAAAAUAGAGUCCAGGCUUGUAAGCCAAGGUGGCACGAAGACCAUGAUGAAUUCCGGCAACAAACGACUUUUGCUUAAGAUUCUCUCUUUUUCUUUCUUGCAAAAACUUCUUUCUCGGUUUCGCGUCAUCUCGACUCCCUCUUCACCUUCGUUCUUUUAUCGAAGCCGAACCAGCACCUCUCCUUUCCCGUCGCCGUAUGCAGUUAUCUCGACAUUGAUCCAGAGGAUCGGAUGACUAAAGUACACUUCAUUCCAUUCUUUUUUGUUUGCUUGCUGUUGGCUUUCAUUAGCCCUCAGGCCUAUGCCGCAGACGGCUUGCUUAAGCGAGGAGAGACAACUGUAUCCCACCUCAGCCAUACCACCACCGGCAGCAAAACCACCACCAGCAAAAUCACCCUCAGCAAAAAGCAUACUAGCACUUUACACUCUUCACAUGUAGUGACGCUGACUGCCAAAAAAACCGAGGCCACUGUUGUAAUUUCGACAGCAGCCGCAUACCAUACCAAAGCCAUUCAAAAGCUUGAAGCCGAUAUUACUACCGCCACCGACGAAGUGACCCAUACCACAACUUCUGACCACCCUACCACCACCACCGAUGCCGACAAGUCCACUACUACCACAGAUGAUGACAAGGCAGCCACUACUGACAACAAAUCGGAUGCUACCACCACUGCUCAUGAUAGCACUACCACUGAUGAUGCAAAGGCUACUACUAUAUCUUCAGACGAUGACAAGGCAGCCACUACUGACAACAAAUCGGAUGCUACCACCACUGCUCAUGAUAGCACUACCACUGAUGAUGUAAAGGCCACUACUACAUCUUCAGAUGAUACCAAGGCAGCCACCACUGAUGAUGCAAAGGCCACUACUGCAUCUUCAGAGGAUGAUAAGGCUACCACUGCCACCACGGAGGACAAGUCUACUACUACUACUGCUACCACCACAGAUGAUAGCACCACCACUACCACCACCACCACUGACACAAAGUCCACCACAGCGUCUACCACAACGGAUGCUGAGACCACCACUACUACUAGUACAGUUGAUCCUACUACUACUACUACUACUACUACUAGUACUGCUGAUGCUACCACCACCACCACCACUGAUGCAGCUACUACCACCAGUAAAUCAGCUACUGCUACAACUGAUGCAGCUACUACCACCACUGAUACAGCUACUACCACCACUGAUACAGCUACUACCACCACUGAUACAGCUACUACCACCACUGACGCAGCUACUACUACCACUGACAAAGCUACUACAACCACUGAUACAGCUACUACCACUACCACUGAUGCAGCUACUACCACCACUGACGCAGCUACUACCAUCACUGAUACAGCUACUACUACCACUGACAAAGCUACUACCACCACUGACGCAGAUACUACCACCACUGACGCAGCUACUACCACCAGUGAUUCAGCUACUACUACCAGUGAUGCAGCUACUACUACCAGUGAUUCAGCUACUACCACAUCGACGGAAGACCAAACUACUGCCACUACUACUGAUGCCGCAACCACGACCACAGAAACCGAGGCUUCGUCCACCACCGAGUCUGCGACCGAGACCACCACUGUAGAUCCCGUAACGCCCACAACUACUCCUGAGAUGACGACUACCGAGGCUCCAGAGUCUACCACUGCCACCGAGACAGCUGUCUUGACCACCACCGAUGCCUUGCCUACAACAACUUCGGAUGCAGUCACUACAACAUCGAACGUGGUUGUGCAAACGCCCUCUGUGAUUCUGACCCCAUCAUCGACCUACCACUACCAAACUCUCUCAUGGCUUCCUCCUAGUUUCAGCGUUGCCACGGAGAGUUUGAUCCCCAGUACGACCGAUGUUUCUGCCGCCGCCCCCACUACAACCGGUACCGUCGAUAACAGUUCUCAAGAUGUGCCGGCUGUCAUUGCUCCCAACGCUGGAGCCAUUAUUCCAGAUGGAAAUACUCCGGUUGCGCUCAAGUUCAACUCGCUCUCCUACGUUCAAAUGGUGGCUGACCCUCUGUUGACUGCUCAGUUCGUCCAGGCUAUCCCGCUUCUUAUUUCCAGUGCGGUGGAUCUGACACCUGAUCAAAUCAUUGUAGUGUCCAUUAUCAGUGCCGGCGGUGUUGGCUCUACACGACGAAAAGCUCGUCGUUCAACCGUCGGUGGUAUUGUCACGACCCUGUCUAUCCCCAGUGACCAAGUCAGUGAUCUUCAAUUGGCCAUUCGUGACCCAACCAGCAGCUUGUACUCCAUCAACAACGGCCAGCUGGCUACCCUUUUAGACACCACUUACCCACUUACCAACAACACUGACACUACCUCCAGCGGCAACACUGUUACGGAUCCUAAUGGCUUGACCGUGGGCGCAGCCAACGCUAAUACAACCACCAGCGGCGGACCUUCCCGUGCCGUGAUCAUCGGUUGCUCGGUGGGUGGCGCUACAGUCCUCUACGCCGGCAUGACGGUGGUCGCUGUGCGCGCUUACCGACGUCGCAAGGCUAGGCAAGCAGACGAAGCUGCGAGACAAAAUGCCAUGUUUGCUCACAGUAUCUCGGCCCCCAUCAUGAAUGAAAAUUCCUUGGGAUUCACUCCUCAGUGGUAAUUCUGCCCUCCCAACUAUAUAUAACCUGCGUUGGUCCUUGACGCAGUGUCCUAGCCGAUCUGACCGCC